AAACCCUCAUUUCUCCCCUUUAAAUUCGGAGUUUGACCCAAAUGUGACCGUUAAGACCGUUACUCUGACCAUUUCAAAUAUGACCAAAUUUGGUGGGAAAUGGAUUCCCUAUACCUCAACUAUAUAUAAAAGAGCUUGUAGGGGUUUCUAUAAAGAACAAUACAAUAAAAUAACAAGCCUUAGUCUCUCUCUCUCUCUCUCUCUCUCUCCUUGUUCUCCUACAGCUGCUGCUCCAAUGGCUUCUUCCACCAUGAAAAGAUGGUUGAGGCCUGAGGUGUAUCCACUCUUCGCAGCGGUUGGCACCGCGGUUGGCAUCUGCGGUAUGCAGCUGAUUCGGAACAUCACUACCAACCCGGAAGUGAGGGUAACCAAACAAAACCGAGCAGCAGGAGUUCUUGAAAAUUUCGUAGAGGGAGAGAGAUACGCAGAACACGGGCUCAGGAAGUUCGUGCGCAACAAAUCCCCUGAGAUCAUGCCGUCCGUGAAUGGCUACUUCUCAAAUCCAAAAUAGGAGAUUAUUUUCAGAAGAAUUUCAUUUUCUGAGAUUCAAACUUGUGUUGUAUUAUCAGGUUGAGUAAGUAUGGCUCCACUGUGAAAUUGUACAUGAUCUCAGUGAUAUUUUUUGAAAUAAAGGUUUGUUGCGAAUGGCUCA